CUAACCAUAUAAAAAUGGUGUCGUCUUCCCUCAUUUUCAAGGGUUUCUGGACGCCAUUAGAAGCAAAGGUGGUUUCUACUGCAGCUCUGUCCUUACUUGAAGUCAGCCUCCAACCAUGGUGAACGUUCCAAAAACUAAGAAGACAUACUGCAAGUCGAAGGAGUGCAAAAAGCACACACUGCAUAAAGUUACACAGUACAAGAAAGGAAAAGAUAGCCUAGCAGCUCAAGGCAAGCGUCGGUAUGAUCGCAAGCAGUCUGGUUAUGGUGGGCAGACGAAACCCGUCUUCCACAAGAAGGCCAAAACUACCAAGAAGAUUGUGCUAAGGUUGCAAUGCCAGGGUUGCAAACAUGUGUCCCAGCACCCAAUCAAGAGGUGCAAGCACUUUGAGAUUGGUGGAGAUAAGAAGGGAAAGGGAACUUCUCUCUUUUAAGUGGCGCAUUCACGGAGAUGAAAUUGUUUAUUUUUGUGUCGUGGUGGACUUUUUUAUCACCUGUAGCUCAACAAUGUUUCUUUUGCUUAUUGAACAAUGUAUGUCUAUGGCAGAAUACUUGUAUUUCGAGUUUUAAAUUGACAAUAUCUGUCUUUUUUCCACAUCAUUUUCAACGCGAUUUGUA